AUGAAUGCGUCUGAGCUCUGGAACCCCCCAGAAGUACAGUUCUGCUUUGCUGGGGCAAACAAUUCCUGCCCUAGGAAGGUGAGGCCCAUGCUGGUCGUCUGCACCAUGUACCUUGUCAUGAUAGGAGCAAUAGUGAUGACCAUGCUGGGGAACGUGCUUGUGAUCAUCUCUAUUGCCCACUUCAAGCAGCUCCACUCCCCAACCAACUUCCUCAUUCUCUCCAUGGCCACCACAGACUUCCUGUUGAGUUGUGUGGUCAUGCCCUUCAGUAUGGUCAGGUCCAUUGAGUCGUGCUGGUACUUCGGGGACCUCUUCUGCAGAGUGCACAGCUGCUGUGACAUCAUGCUCUGCACCACCUCCAUUUUCCACCUGUGCUUCAUCUCAGUGGACCGCUACUAUGCUGUCUGUGACCCUUUGCACUAUGUCACCAAAAUCACCAUUCCUGUCAUCGAGGGCUUUCUGUUCAUUAGUUGGUCCAUCCCCAUCUUUUUUGCUUUUGGCUUGGUUUUCUCAGAAUUAAAUUUGAUCGGGGCUGAGGAUUUUGUUGCAGCCAUUGACUGUACAGGUUUGUGUGUGUUGAUAUUUAACAAGCUCUGGGGGGUGCUGGCUUCCAUCAUAGCCUUCUUUCUGCCUGGGACAGUCAUGGUGGGUAUUUACAUAUACAUUUUCAGAGUUGCCCGGAAGCAUGCCAGGCAGAUUGGCACAGGUCCUAGGACAAAACAGGCCACCUCAGAAAGCAAAGUGAAGGCCUCAUCCAAAAAGGAGAACAAGGCCACAAAGACUUUAAGCAUAGUCAUGGGGGUAUUUGUGUUGUGCUGGCUACCCUUUUUUGUCUUGACAAUCAUAGACCCUUUCAUUGACUUCAUGACCCCUGAGGAUCUGUACAAUGUCUUCCUCUGGCUAGGUUACUUUAAUUCCACUUUCAAUCCCAUCAUAUAUGGUAUGUUCUAUCCUUGGUUUCGCAAGGCCCUUCGGAUGAUAGUCACAGGGAGGAUCUUCCAUUCUGACUCUUCCACCUUAAGCCUGCUUUCUGCACACCCUUAG